AUGAGGCCGGGGCUGCCGGUCCUGCUGCUGGUGCUGGCUCUGGCCCUGGCUGCGGGGCCCCCGCCGCAGGAGUGGCACCCCAAGGAGGCCCACGCCCUCAACUGGAACAAGCUUUCAGGCUUCUGGUACAUUCUGGCUGUCGCCACGGAUGCGCAGGGGUUCUUGCCGGCCAGAGACAAAAGGAAGCUGGGGGCGUCCAUGCUGCGGGUGCACAAGAGGGACCAGCUCAGGGUGGUCGUUGCCUUUAGCCGACAGAACAUAUCGAGCUUCCAGAGUCUGAAAGAAUUCGUGGACAAGUGCGACAUCUUGGCGCUCAGCAAGGCUGCCGUCAUUCUCCCAAAAGAUGACAGACAGAACGUAUCGAGCUUCCAGAGUCUGAAAGAAUUCGUGGACAAGUGCGACAUCUUGGCGCUCAGCAAGGCUGCCGUCAUUCUCCCAAAAGAUGGUAAAUUCUGA